AUGGCGGCUGCUCACAGUGGUGCAGCCUAUGCCUUUGUCACUCUAGUCACCACAGACGACUACCUGCCAGCAGCCCUCGUCGCCGCACACUCCCUGCGCCUAGCACAUUCCCACUCCUCCCUCUUCAACAUCGACCUCGUCGCACUCGUCACACCUGCAACCCUCUCUGUACAAACCAUUCGUGUCCUCCUCACCGUAUUCGAUCGGGUGAUAGGCGUGGAGCCACUGGGCAAUAGCGACAAUCUCGCCCUGCUUGGAAGGAUCGACUUGGGUAUGAGCGCUGGCGCGGCUCUGACCAAACUCCACACUUGGAGGCUGACCGACUAUCAGAAGAUUGUCUAUCUCGACGCCGAUGUCCUGGUACUCAAACCUCUCGCCCAUCUGUUCGCUUCGCCCCACGCAUUUGCAGCUGCCCCUGACACUGGCUGGCCUGACAUCUUCAACUCUGGUGUCAUGGUCUUGACGCCUUCGGAAGACACAUUCGCAGGUCUCUUGGAGCUAGCCGCCAACACCGGUUCUUGGGAUGGGGCAGACCAAGGCUUGAUCAACGAGUACUUCGGCGGCGAAGUCGGCAGCGGAAGUGAGGGACAAGGUGGCGGCUGGACACGAUUGGGCUUCACCUACAACACUACC